UUAGUCGCAUCCAACAUGUCUUUGAAAUUGACCUGCUGCCUUUUUGUGUUGGCCCUCGUCUUGGUGGCCUGCAAUGCACAGCGUCAGUACAAUCCGUUCCUGGACAAUCCCCGGUACAGGGAGCUGUACUACAGGAACCGCGACCUGUACAACCAGCGACUCUACUACGACCAGUUCUUCAAGAAAUACAAUCCGUAUAUUGCCAGUGCUCUAGCACGCACCGUCGAGGAGUCGAAUGAGCCCAACACUGGCGCUGGCUCCUAUGCCUACAGCUACGAGACGGAGAAUGGCAUUCACGGAGAGGAGCGUGCCGCGCCCGUCUACAUUGGCAACGACCAGCAGGAGGAGCAAGUGGAAGGCGCCUACUCCUAUAUAUCGCCAGAAGGUCUUCGUGUCGGUGUCAAAUAUGUGGCUGAUGGCAACGGUUUCCGACCGGUUAUUACCUAUGAUGGUCCAAAUGCCGCCCUUUAUGCUAACCAGCAGACGCCAGCUAACGUCGUCUACACAAGGCAGUAAAAUAUAAAACUAUU